AUGCUGCUUAACACCAUAGUCAGUACAGUAAAGUUUAAAAGCCACAAUUAAGAUAAAAUCAGUUAGAAGUAGCUGUGAACUUUUUUUGAUGUUACAGUUUUAUCUUCUGUAAGCCAACUUCUUUUCCUCAUAAGCACUCCCAUGCAUUUAAUAGACAGAAAUUCAGCAGCAGAAGCUUUUCCUGGAGCUGCAUCUCAAUGCAGGGGAAAAACUUUACCUGCUGAAUUCCUGUCUGUGAAAGGCACAGGGCAGGAGGUGCCUGGGGAGAGGAAAAAGAAAAGGUCACAAGCCUACAAGCAGAAGUUUUGUAAAUUCCUGAAGAAUAAAAGAAGUAGAGAAUGUGGGAACAGGAGAAGGCAAUUACUACUUUUACCACUUAAAGUCAAAAUAGACAUCUAAGGUGUUCGCAAGUUAUAAAACCCAAUUACACAACGUGUAAAAAUGUAAAUCCAUACAGAUCUCCUCUUGAUUCACAGCAUCCUGUUAGUCCAUUUAGCUCAAAAGGUAUGAAAUUAGGACAACCUCCCUAACAGCUCCUGAUGGUGUGACUAGGAGCAGGUGAGAUACCAGGAACCAAGAAGCAAUAUAAAGUGUUCUCAUCUGUUGCAAGGGAGAGGCAACUUGGGUGGGAGGCUGCUAGGGGAAACUCUUAGGGGAGAGAGUACAGUAAUAGAAUCAUGUCUUCCCCAUCUUUUGCAGGGUAAGUCAAUUUUAUUUUUCUUAGUGUGUCUUUGGGCCUGGGGGGGCAGUGUUGUUUGUUUUCUGUAAGAGAGGUCUUCAUUGUAAAAAGAGUCAGGUUGUGUUCUAGAUUAGAAAGGUUAUGUAAAUAAUUAUCUGGUGUAACAGCAUUUUGCCCUACUGGUUCUUAUCUAUCGGUAGGGAGAGGACAGUUAGGGAGUGUGGAGGGUCUUCUAAAACUCCCAAACUUUUUAUGCUCAUGUAGUCUUUUAACUGCCUAACUAGGGGGGAGUUCCUGUCCCCCUGGAAAUUGUGGGUGCUGUAGUAUAGUGGCUAUCAUGCCUGUUUUACAUGUGGGUUUGGGAUGUGAGCCCAAUGGAAGCCAGUUUCAUUUUAUGAGGAAAGGGUAGAGCAUCAAUUCCUGGCACCUCCAGGUAGGUUUAGGAGAGGCUCCUACCUGAAACCCGGGAGAGCUUCUGCCAGUCAGAGUGGACGCUACAGAGCUGGAUGGACCAAGGUUUUGACUCUGCAUAAUGCAGCUUUGGGACGCGGAUGGUGCUGUGGGUUAAACCACAGAGCCUAGGACUUGCCGAUCAGAAGGUCGGCGGUUCGAAUCCCUGCAACAGGGUGAGCUCCCAUUGCUCAGUCCCUGCUCCUGCCCACCUAGCAGUUCGAAAGCACGUCAAAGUGCAAGUAGAUAAAUAGGUACCGCUCCGGCGGGAAGGUAAACGGCGUUUCCGUGCGCUGCUCUGGUUUGCCAGAAGCGGCUUAGUUAACAUGACCCGGAAGCUGUACGCCGGCUCCCUCGGCCAAUAAAGCGAGAUGAGCGCCGCAGCCCCAGAGUCGGCCACGACUGGACCUAAUGGUCAGGGGUCCCUUUACCUUUACUUUAAUGCAGCUUCAUGUGUUUCCUAUGGAAUUUGAAAAUCUGCUCACUUGACCCCAGAAGUUUUCUAGUGCCUCCUUGGAAACAACCAUAUUGUUAAGUAAAGAAUCACAUCACUGAAUCGAGGGGGGGUUGUUGCGGGGAGAGACAGAACGGGUCUGUAAUAAAAAGGUUGUACUGUGGAUCAGAGCAUUCUUGAGCUGCAUUUCCUAGUCAUAGAAUCUUACAACUGUAGAGCUGGAAGGGACCAGGAGGGUCAUCUAGUUCAACCCCCUGCAAUGCAGAAAUCUUUUGCCCAGUGUGGAGCUUGAACCCACAAUUCUCAGAUAAGUCACAUUCUCUACCCACUCAGAUAUUCUGUCUUUUCUUCCUCUCCCCUGUCUACCCCCUCCCUGCCCUAGACAAGGUCAGCAUCCUGAGACCCCGAGCAUGAUCUGGACACAAUAGUUGAGCUUUUUUAGCCAAAGUUGUUGAGUUUUGGGGUUUUUUUGGAAAAUUGCAAAAAAAAAAAAAGACACUUCUGAGCUAUUUUUAAGGAACACCGGCAAAAACAACACUACUGACAUGGGUUGCCAUAUGUCCUGAUUUGCCCAGACAUUUUGCCGAUUUCCUCCCGGACACUGCUUCCAACUACAGUAUUCCAUGUAUGUAUGGGAAUUUCUGGAAGUAUGGCAACCCCACGUCGGUGUAGACAACACUGAGCUAGCUGCACCAAUGGUCUGACUCAGUACAAGAAAUGCACGUAACAAUCCUUUUAUUCAGCAAAGCUGAAAUCAUGAAAUAUACUCUCCUACUGACAUGCAUGCUUGUCAUAUGAUUUCAGCUGACUCUGUUGGAGAGGGCUUUUCAUUAUGAGGCGGGCGUGUUCUCUAACUCUUUAGCAGUUUAAAAAUAGAUAUUAUACAGGAAAUUCAGAGUGCAUGGGAAGACAUGUAUUUGCAAUACAAAAGGGGCUUCUGCAAAUCACAUUUUAAGCUGUACACUUCAUAAAGGCAAUAAGAAAAGCCGCUGAGGCUGCAAAUCUAUAUCCAUUGGGGAAUUACUCCUACUGAACUCAGUUUAUUGUUGUAUUUAUAUCCCAUAUGUACAUAGUUCUCUAUUUCCCUCCCUGCCUUUUCUAACUCCUGCCAUCACAGCUGACUCUCUCAAUGGGAUUUUAUUCCAAGGCUGUGUACACACAUUAAAUUUAAAGCACAUUACUUUCCUCAAAGAAUUAUGGGCACGGUAGUUAGCAUCUUAGUAUUGCCAUUCCUAACAAAACUACAGUGCCCAGAAUUAUUUGAGGGGAGAAAUGGUUAGUCCAGGUCUUGAGAUCUCAAAAUGUUGCUUACAGUCUUUCUCUUCUUUGAAUACUCUGAGAUUUGGACACCUGGCAUUUUCAAUACUGUGCUCAACUCUUCCUCUAGAGAAGGGCGAUUAGAAAUAAACUGUUGGGUUGUUUUUUUUUUUUAAGGUUUCUUUCUUUCUUGAAGCUUGAAUGCCUUUUUGAACCUUAAACCUGAAAGUUUCCCAGCCUGAGGUGUGAUUUUUGCUUUGGACUACAACUCCCAUCAGCCACAAGCAGCAGUAUGGCUGCAGCUGAUGGAACUUGUAGUCCAAAAGAUCUGCAAGACACCAGGUUGGGAGAAGUCUGUUUUAUACCAUUUUGUCCUCUUCUCUCCUGCUGUCCUGAGAUCUUUGGAUCUUUCCAUAGGUUAGAGGGGGCUACACAUGCAUACAGCUAGAGAUCUUAUUGCUUAGUCCCUACUCAAAUGGGGCUGUGGUGUGUGAUGCUCUCAUAACCUCUCUCCUGUGUCUUAAAGUAAAAGCCAAACUGAUUCAAUUUCUGUCUCUUGGUUUCCUUAUUUAGGAUAGCCCUGCUUUGUAUGUGUCUGUCUCAAGCAGUAGAGUCGAUCCCCUUCCCCCCAGGUGAGCAUCAGGUCUUUCUGCCAAUGCGCUUGAGAGUAAAACUAAGAGAGAGGGUGUGGGUGGGUCGGCAAGUGUCCUUCAUUCUCACCAUCUCCUUUGUGUGGUGCAAAUAUCGGCUUCAAUAUUCAGUGUUUCUCAAACUUGGGUCCCCAGUUGUUGUUGGACUACAAAUCCCAUCACCCCUAGCUAGCAGAACCAGUGGUCAGGGAUGAUGGGAUUUGUAGUCCAACAGCAGCUGGGGACCCAAGUUUGAGAAACACGGGCUGUAUUUUGGGAAAAAGCUACUUUGGGCAUCUCCCCAACAUGUCUGCUCAGCGUUUCUUGAACAGCACAGCUCCCUAAUGCAACAGUUAGCGUUAGUGGAAUUCAGUACCCUUCAAUACUGUUCUGUCAACCCGUAUGCACUUGGAUCUGCUGGUCUGUGACUGGAUUCCUAUGUGUACAGCCCUGGGGGUAGUGUCUAAAGCAGAGAAGAGAGACCUGCGAUGUUGUCAAAGUGGUCUGUGGAGGUGGGGGGGAGAUCAGGAUCCAGCCUACUGACCAGAUCCAGAACUCCACUCCUAAAGCGGAUGUGAGGGAGGAGUGUGUUUGCCUGCUUGUUGGGGCAGAAGGGCAGUUGGGAUUCCUUGAUAGAGAAACAUUUUCUUUCCCGGAAGGUGCUGCGCGGACAGAAUGUCGGGGCCGUUAUUUCUGGAUAUGGAUGGACAAGGCUGCCUUGGGCCAGAAUUUGUGGCAUUACAGCAUCUUCAGUAAGUACGGAGUGUUUCCUUUGAAAAGGAGAAGUGCUAAGGCAGCCGUCUCUUGAUAUCGUGCCUUUGGGUCCUUGGGACUACAACUCCCAUCAGUCUGAGCCAGCAUGGCUGCUGGGAGUUGUAGUCCAAAAACAUCUGGAGUGAAUACCGGGGAAGGCUGUGGUCAAAGGUUCACUCCUGAUCCCAGGAACACAGAGGCUGGCUGUGAUUUCUCUGCGGUAGGAAAGGAGUUGUCUGCGCAUGCUCAGAGGCACUCUUUACUUUCCCCCCAAGCUAACUAGUGGCUGAAACUGAACCCUGGAAAUCACAAGUAAGUGGUAUCUUGGGGUACCAGAGUAACUUCUGCCAUAUGGAAUCAGCCCCUCUCCCAGUGGAUUGCCAAGAGAUUGAAUCGGCUGGUUGGCAGCACAAGAGGAGGAAAUUCUGCCAGUGCAAAUUUUCUUGCUGAAAACAGUGUCAACUGGGGCUGGGGGACCUCAGACUCAGGGAAUUGGAUGUGGCCCUCUUGGCAUCUCUGCCUGGCCCUUGGGGCUUUCCCCAGACCCCCUCCCCUCUGUCGUACCCUCCUUGAGUGUUUGUUGCCUGGCACUGAAUUCUGACAAUGCCUCUUUUUUUUUUUUAAAUGAUAUUUAUUAAAUUUUCAGAAAAAAAGAAUUACACAAAAACAAGAAAAGUAAAAACAAAAAACAGAAGUAAAAAUACAAGAAAAAUACAAGAUACAAAGUACAGAAUAAAAGAAUAAAAAACACUUAAAGAAGAAAAAAAGAAAAAUAGAUCAAUUUUUCCAUACCUUACAUUCAUAUCCUUGUUUCCCUGACCUCCUCAUACCUCCCUUUUUUGUAUUCCAGUUCAAUUAAUUAAUUAAUUCAGCAAUUUCUUUCCCUCUUUAUUUUCUCAUAAUCCUUGAAUUCUGACAAUGCCUCUUGCCUUCCUGGAUGGAGCAUAGAGAAGUGGUGUGUGGAAAUUCACCUACCUUUCAGAGCUAGAAUGUGCAUUCUUUACUCCACCCACCCUUACUUCUGGCCCUGCCCUCCACUCACAUGUGGCCCCUGGAAGGCAGCUCUGCGGCUGCCCUCAGACUCAAAAAGUUUACCCAUCCUUGUUGGAUGCCUGAAACAGGGUACUCUGUUCAUGCAUCCCUGCUGAGGUGGGUAACCAAGAUCCAGUUGCUGCAAGGAAAGUUGAGCAUGAUGCAGGAAGGUCUAUUGGGAGGGUGUUUGUGUGUCUGUGUGUGUGUUCUGAUUUUUUUUACCUGAUAGAAUUAACCUGCUUCCUUUUGUCCCUAGAUGAGCAGAGACAGCGCAUCCCCGUAACGGGGCAUGUUGCCUCUCAGUGUGGCUUCACCAGUGGCACCGACUUGUAUGGCAACCCUGAGAUUAGAGUUUCCUUCCUGGCCUGUUCGGUCCGCAAUUCGGUAAGCAGAUGAUUCGCUUUCUUGUUAAUGGUGUCCUUGUAAACGUCUUUAAAAAGCAAAAUGGCAUGCUUAAAUCUUGCGACAGCUGAGGCAUAACGAAUGGUGCAGGAUACAUCAUGCACUUUAUUUUUAUUUUUUAAAUCUUAGUCCUCUGCUUCCCAGGCAGGUGGUCUCAAAUUCAUUCUGGCCCUGCCUGGAUGGCAGGCAGGAAAACUCUGUUACAGGAUCGGCUAUGCUGCUAAACCCUUCGGAAGGGGCAGGGGUCAUGCGAUCAUGGCAAAAUAGGACAGGGAGCUGCCUUAUUCCGAGUUAGACCGUUGCUCCAUCUAAUACAGUGUUGUCGACACUGACUGGCAGCAGAAAAUGGGCAGGCUUGGGUUUCAUCCUAUUGCCAUCAUCUCUCUUUGUGCAGCCUAAUAAGCACUUUGCUGGGUGUGGCUAAAGUUAACCCUGGUCCAGUAUUGCUGGUGCCAAAUGCCAGCAGGCAGGAGAGAAUCUGUGCACCUCUGAACCUGCCAUGUGAUUUGUCCCCAUUUCCCAUCUGUUAAGCCAAGGUGAGGCCCAGGGUCCAAAUGCGGCUCUCUAAUCUUCUUUAGGGAUGCGGGUGGCGCUGUGGGUUAAACCACAGAGCCUAGGACUUGCCGAUCAGAAGGUUGGCGGUUCGAAUCCCCGUGACGGGGUGAGCUUCUGUUGCUCAGUCCCUGCUCCUGCUAACCUAGCAGUUCGAAAGCACGUCCAAGUGCAAGUAGAUAAAUAGGUACCACUCCGGCGGGAAAGUAAAUGGCAUUUCCGUGCGCUGCUCUGGUUCGCCAGAAGCGGCUUAGUCAUGCUGGCCACAUGACCCGGAAACUGUAUGCCGGCUCCCUUGGCCAGUAAAGUGAGAUGAGCGUCGCAACCCCAGAGUCGGCCACGACUGGACCUAAUGGUCAGGGGUCCCUUUACUCUUUACCUUUAAUCCUCUUUAUCUGCCCCAGAGCACCACCACCGAUCAGCCAUUUUUAAGGAGCAUUCUCGCCUGGCUGAAAUGUGCUUAAACUUUGUAAUGUUUCUUCCUGGAUGGAGGAACAAGAGUGUGGGUCUUUGUGGCCUGAUGUAGAAAGGUGAAAUUUACAUUUGUAACCGGGGCUUUUUUCAGGGGGAACUCACCGCAACUCAGUUUUGGCACGUCUCAGGUGGGUGCCAUUGCCAUUCUAAGAGAAAGAGGUGUUCAUGGUGAGUUUUCGCACCUCUUUCUCUAGAAAAAUAGCACUGUUUGUAACACAGAAGCUUAAUAACAAUUUAAAAAAAACAUGGCAGUGCCCAAAAUGGUGAUUUUUGUCGUUCAUGAGGAGAUAAAAAGUUCAAGAGUUUGAGGCCACAUUCACACCAUACAAGUUGAGCGCUAUACAGUGGUACCUCGGGUUAAGUACUUAAUUCGUUCCGGAGGUCCAUACUUAACCUGAAACUGUUCUUAACCUGAAGCACCACUUUAGCUAAUGGGGCCUCCUGCUGCUGCCGCGCCGCUGGAGCACGAUUUCUGUUCUCAUCCUGAAGCAAAGUUCUUAACCUGAAGCACUAUUUCUGGGUUAUCGGAGGCUGUAACCUGAAGCGUAUGUAACCUGAAGUGCAUGUACAGUAACCCGAGGUACCACUGUAAUACCACUUUAAAUAGUCGUGGUUUCACCCACAGAAUUCGGGGAUUUGUAGUUCCCUUCACAGAGCUACGAUUCCCAGAGUUUCCUGUGAAGAGGUUCUGACUGUUAAACCGCUUUGGGAAUUGUAGUACUUUGAGGGGAUGAGGCGUCCCCUAAAAACUCUCAGCACCCUUAACAAGCUACAGCUCCCAGAAUUAUUUGGGGGAAAUUGUGGCCAUUUAAAAUGGUAUCAGGAUGCUUUGAAUGUUAUGGUAUGGAUGCAGCCUAGGGCAGGCAAAUGCUACUGAGGGGACGAACUUGAAAAAUGGGGGAGAAAAUGAGAUUUCCUUUCUGUCCAGUUUGACCAGGAGUUCAGCCUCCAGCUCCAGGUGGAGGUAACCAGUCCAGCGAACUUGACGGCCACUUACGACGUCUUUAUGAACUGCCCCCUUGGUGCCCCAUGGAGCCCCCGCGAGAUCGUCUGUGAGGAAAACUACAUGGAGGUGAGUGGAGGUGGAAGAAAAAAACUGCAUCCUUUUCGUGUAUCAAAGCAGGUUUGGCAGGAACCCCAAAACAUGGGGGUGGCUAUGCUGAGGAUCUUUCUAGACGAGAGAGAGAGAGAGAGAGAGAGAGAGAGAGAGAGAGAGAGGUGGGAUCAGGUUAACCAAUUAACCGAUGAAUUAAGAUUUGUUUUGAGUGGCAAACUAUUGAGCUGGCUCCUUUGCGCCUAUCUAUUUUUAUUGAUAGUUUUAAGUAUCGCAAGGACAAAGCUCUUGCAUAAGGUAAUUAGAAAUGCAGUAUAUUGCAUUUCAAUAAACAAUCAUUUAAAGCAGCAGCUUAAGCGCUGCGCACAGACUUGCAGCAUACCACUGUGAGCUUCCUGCUGCCAUUUUAAGAAAAAGCAUUUCAACCCAGAAAAAAAGGGUUUCCCCCCCCAAGACCCUUUUGAAAGCCGGUAGCGAAGUAACCGUGUGCAAAUCGCUUGAGAGGAAGUUCAUGCUGCUUAGUCUGUACAGCCCUUGUACAACUCACAGAGAACGAAACUGGAUAGCUCGGCUGGUUAGCGUGGCGCUAAUAAUGCCAAGGUUGCAGGUUCGAUCCCCUUAUGGGGCAACUGCAUGUUGCUGCACUGCGGGGGGCUUGACAAGCUGAUUCUCGGCCCCCUUCCAACUCUACAAUUCUAUGAAAACUGGAAUUGGUUGGCUCUUCUAUCAUUGGUUCUGGUUUCUCCUAUUCUUGGCCUCCCUGCUUUCUGCCCUACUGGUUCCAAAUGGGCACCAGCAACCACUGAAAGUGAGGCCACCACCAAGAAGGCCCCAUCUCCUGCCUGCACAGCUGCUUGAUCCUGCAGUUGGGCUUCUGAGCAGGGCAAAACUGUUCGUAAAAGUGCAGGUAGGGGAUGUGUUAGCGAAGGCAAUCUUUCAGAUCUAGAGAAGAAUGGUGCUGCAAAACCUCUCCUGAAUCUGACCAUCUCUGUCGUGGCUCUUGGAAACUGCACCUUGAGAGUGCUGUACCGGAUGCUUUUAUGGACUUAACACCUAACACAGGGCUGUGGUUGCAGGUCUCCGUCCGACGGGCAGUCCCAGGAAUAGCUAGCGAGGCUCUGAAUGAAGACUGGAUUGCAGUGUGGCCUGUGGUAAGGAUUUUGAGGGACGAAGGGGGCAGCAGAAGAUAUUCUUGAUAAGAGGGAAGUAGAAGGAGAAGGCUGGAUGGAUUGCUUCAGGGAAGUAAAUAAUGAGCUUGUGUUGUCCAGGGUCAGCCCUAACAUUAGACCAAGUGAGGUAGUUGCUCUUUCGGGCAAUUUCGGGUAUUGGAGGACAGAGCUCUCUGUGUGUGCCAGGCUGUUGGCCAUGCACCCUCGAAGCCAGCUCUGAUGCCCUCUGGGGCAGUGAAUGGCUCUGCCCUUUCCCCAGCCCAGCUGAAAAGUCAAACUGGUCAGCUUUGGUGGGGAGGGCACUAUCUUAUUUUCUGACUUAGACACCAAAAUGUCCUGCAUUGGCUCUCUCCCACUGGGUAUGGGGGGGGGACCCUUGAGAUGUUGGACUACAAGUCCCAUCAUCCCUCACCAUUGGCCAAGCUAGCUGAACCUCAUGGGAGUUGUGGCUGGCUCUCGAGAGACAAUGGAGUGCGCCUCCGGGGGUGAAAGCCAACUGCUGUAUUAGCAACACCAAAGUGACCUCUCUGGGGUACCUAGAGGCCCUGUGUGUCAUUGGGAAGGCAAGUGGGUUGAUUCCAGUCUCUGUUUAAACUCUCCCCUCGUGGGUUUGCCUUCUGUAGGCCCAAGGGGCUGUGAACCAGGUGUGGCAGGUGGCUUUCCACUAUCAGAACGGCUCCCUGCAGAACAUGAUGGCCACCGAAGCACAUGCCUUGGGCUACGGCGUCAACACCACGGCUACCCGCGUCCUUUUCCGCACUCCCUACGGAACCCAGCAGACCGAAGUCUCCCUGGUAAGGAGAAAGAGAGAGAAAACGUCUGUGUCUGUGUUGGGAAGGAUUAAUGGCUACCAACCUUACUGCCUAACUAUGGUGUGGUGCUCAGUGUUUGGAGCCAGAAGGGGGAUGGCUUUCCUUUGUGAAAAGAACCAGACUAGCUUGGAUACCCUGCCCUCUGGGGCACUGUGAAAUAAUUCUCCACUUAACUUGCAUCAGCCAUGCACUCGCAAAAGAGCGCAGCAAGUGCUCUAAAGCACUUUGUUUCCCCCCCACAAAAUGAAACAAGAACAUCCGUUUAAAGAAGAUUGGAAACAUUUAUUGAAUAUAUGGGAAAUAACUGUAUACAGCUGAAAAUGCUGGCAGCAUUAAGGUAAAUUCAACUGUUUUUGAUGGACGCAAUAAUGGAAUACUGAAUGGUAUUCCAUUUUUGUAUCAUUUUUGUAAAAAUGAUACAAAAAACCCAGAUAUUUUGUAAAAUAUGCAGGGACUUAUGAUAUGUAAAAUGAAACAUAGAAAGAGAAGGGAAGUCAUUUAUAUCUUAAGGGUGUAAAUUGAGUAUUUUAAAUUCUAAAACAGAAAAUUUAAUACAAAUUAUAUAUAUAAAGCAUUUUGGGGGUUUUAAGUGAGUCCAUACAAUUAUCAGAUCUGGGGUGUGAAACCUGUGGCCAUCCAAGCGUUGCUGGACUACAACUCUGCUCAUCCUUGGCUAUUGGCCGUGCUUGCUGGGGCUGAUGGGAGCUGUGGUUCAGUCAUGUCCAGAGGGCUGCAGGUUCCCCAGCUGUGCUGCCGAUUAAGAACUUGGCAUCUGGAAGGUCAAAGGUUGUUUUAAACCAUUUUUAAUGUUUGAUUUUAAUGCUGUAACCCACCCUGGGACUGGGGAAUGAGGAAGAUAAUAAUGACAAAUGAAGUCCUUCCCUAAUGGUGUUGCUGCCUGCCUGGCCUGCUGGGUUUCAGUGCUGGAGCUUUAACCUUACAUCCUUAUUGUCAAUUUCCUCUGCAGGUCGAGGGCCUGGAAGUGGAGGUGGCACGGGCCACAGUCUUUUACAAGCAGGCCUGGAUGAUCCUCAUGGUAGACACCGCUCUUGCCUGUCCCAUCAGUGAGUCUCUCUGCUUUUGCAUUGCCUUCGACAUUUAACGCUGGGACUUAGUCAGGGCCUGGAUUUGGCCCUCCAGGCCUUCCUACCUGGCCCUUGGGGGACUCUUUGCAGGUCAUGCCCCUCUUACCAGCUGCCUCGUGUGUUUUUUCUGGGAUGGGAAGUAUCCUUGAGCAGUGAUGCCUCUUGUUUGCCUGCUACUAUGGAGAUAUAUAUGUACCUGUAAACCUCUUUGUGUGUGUGUGUGUGUGUGUGUGUGUGUGUGUGUGUGGCAAAAAACACAGUUAUACCUGCUGCUCCUCCUAGUCCUGUCUCCCCCUGUCUCCCCCCCCAUUUGGCCCCCAGAAGGUGAUAUAUAAGGGAAUGCGGCCCUUGCCCAGCUCUGUUUUAAUGGAUUAAAAAUGACAGCACUCUUUUUCAAUAGACUUGUCCCUAUUCUUAACGUCUGGCAUCGAUUCCGGGGCAUUUACCUCUCCUUUACAUGCUGCUGAAGAUUCUCAUUUUGCUGUGACUAUGUGUUCUGUCUGCAGUGGCAUCAAAAUCUGGGUGCAAUGGAUACGGGGACAGUGAAAUCCAUUUGGAUGUUAGAGCCGAAGCCUGUUGGCCGAGCUGUGUGAGCAAAUUCCCCACAGGAUCACACAACCUGGAGGACUGACCAUGCUAGCAAUUUCCCCCAAGGCAAACUUGCUCUGCACAGCAGAUGAUCUGAAGAAAGCAGACUCAGACAGUGUUUCCUGAACUCAGGUCUCCAGCUGUUUUUGGACUACAACUCCCAUCAUCCCUAGCUAGCAGGACCAGUGGUCAGGAAUGAUGGGAACUGUAGUCCAAAAACAGCCAGAGACCUGAGUUUGGGAAACCCUGCUUUAAAGCAUCAUGCAGGGCUCUUUGGAAGCCCUGUGGGGUGCUUUGAAGUCCCAAUUUCGGGGGACUUCAAAGCGUCCAAUCAACUGACCCCAUUGUGACACCAGGUGAUUGCGAGGUCCCUCCCACCUUUCAAAUUUGGCUCACGUCUUUGUCGAACCCUUCAUGAGGUGAUGUAGUGCCAAUAACAAGGGGAAUCUCUGUCUCUUGCAGAUCUCCCUAUUUUCACCACCACCACCUUAAGGUGGGGAACCCCCCGGAUCUUGCCAUCCCUGGUGAGAUUCCCACAUCUGUAUAGAGAUGAAGCUGUUGAGAUGGGCUUGGAUGGGCGUGUGAUUGACGCAGCCACCAUCCUGACAAAUGGAUACAGCUUCCUGGCGGACACCAAAUUCUUCAGCAUCACAGUGCCCAUUGGGGCCCCAGGAGGUCUCAUGGAGGUCAGUAUCUGCUGUUUUGGAAAGGGCUAUAGCUCAGUGUUAGAGCAUCUGAAGGUCGCAGGUUCAAUCCCUGGCAUCUCCCCUUUUGCAGAAGAAAUAACUUUUUGAGAAACUGGAGAAUUUAUUAUUAUUGACACAGCCCUAGCUAAUAUUCUUCCAAUGAAGGCAAUCUGGCUGCCCUCCAAGGAAGACUUCUUUUUGCUCUUACGCCAUUCCUUAAACUUUCUCUCACCGUUAAAAUGUUUAUCCUAAUGUCUGGCAGCAAUCUGUCCCUGCAGCAUUUUGCAAGUCUAUCUGCAGAUGGUGAGUAGGGAGGUUAAUAGACUCUGGGGUGGGGGGAUUAAUGCUAGGGUUGCUUCUAAAGGGUUGCUUCUUAUACAGAGCUGGUACCAGACUCCAUCUAGCUUAAUAUUGUUCCCACUGACUGGCAGCAGCAUCUUCUCUAGCGUUUCAAGCAGGAGACAUUUUAAACAUUCCUCCUCCCACUUUUUCCUUCCAGAGCGACGUGAUUGACAACCACUACGGCACCACCUACAGCAUAAAGCUGCUGUUGGACCGCAGGUGGCAGGGAGACGAGAGUGACCGGACACGCCACCGCAGCUUCAAGGCCAUCCGCACACCAUUUGCUCCUCAUGUACCUGUGCUGACUGACAGUAAGCUCAGGCCUUGUUCUUCCUUCCUCUUGGAGCUUGAAAUACGCCCCUGUCUAGGCAAGAGAAAUCGCGUUCACAUCUGAAAUCCUACUUGCGUCCUAGCAACCUGAACAUUGCCUUAGCCAAUGCACCAAUGCCUUAGCACCACAUAAAAUGAAUGCACCGAUCCAUACUCAGUGCAGUUUUAUUUUAUUUUUUAAUACAAUUUUUAUUGAUUUUAACAUAUAAAUUAUAAAAUGUACCACACAACUUUAUCACUUAUACAAUCUUUUUAGACUUCCAUCAGCACCUCUAAAAAUCCACCGUUGUAAUCACUUCUUCUGCAUUUCUCAAUUUUAUAUUACCUUUAAGUCUCUUAACAAAUUAUCCUCCCCUUUAUCCAUUUUUGUAAUAAUUCCAAUAAUACUCCUCACAAAACUUCUUGCAAACCUACAAACGUCGCCUGAUCUUCACAAAUACUUUUCAAAUAGUCCGUAAAUUUACUGCAGUCUUCUGUGAAUUUCUGGUCCCGUCAGUUUCGAAUCUUUUCUGUUAAUUUAUCUAAUUCUGCAUAGUCCAUUAACUUCAUCCUCCAUUCUUCGAUUGUUGGUAAUUCUUCCAUACUCAAUGCAGUUUUAGAGGUCCCCUCCAGAUGUCCUUCUUACUGUGCAUUCGUGAUGAUCCGCACUCAUGACAGCACCGGGGUGGUUAUACUCAAGCCCAUGUUGUUCGCACCUGCAAAAGCCUGAGGGCAGACAUGAUGUUUAUAUGCCAUGCUAUGAAGCCCUGUGGGGUUGUAGUCAAUGUUAGCCCUACUCAGAGUAGGCCCGUUGAAAUGAAUGGCUAUGGCUCAAAUAGGUCCAUUAAUUCCAGUGGGGCAACAAACACUAGCUUAGGUGGAUACAACCCUAUUGGUGGGGUAGGAGAGCUGAAAAUAAUGCCAGUAUAUUUCACAACUAGCACACCACCUGACGUAUAUUUUGAUCUAGGAGGCUUAGUUUGGUCAGAAUCGAGUAAUAUGCAUUUCCAGAGGUAACACUAAAUACUUCUGGUAAAUGAGCCCCCAUAGCUGCUAGAGGGCUGUGAAAAUUUGUGUACCGGGCUUUUUAGACUCUUGUACCCCUGUACAAUGGUGCCUCUGGUUACAAACUUAAUUUGUUCCCGAAGUCCGUUCUUAACCUGAGGUACCACUUUAGCUAAUGGGGCCUCCCGUUGCUACUGCACGAUUUCUGUUCUCAUCCUGAGGUAAAGUUCUUAACCCAAGGUACUACUUCUGGGUUAGUGGAGUCUGUAACCCGAGGUGUUUGUAACCUGAGGUACCACUGUACUAUCUGAAACCAAAGGGGCGCAUUGGUUGCCAUAUGCUUUUCUUUCUUUCUUUUACAGCUCUCCUCCCCCACAAUAUGUACACGGGGGAAACACUGAACAUUCUAGUACAAAGAAUGGGCCUUGGCAAGGUCUCUAGAAUAUUCCCAGCCAACAUGGCACCCAUCCUGACUUCAGCUCCUAUUGGCUCUGAGGACUGGCCAUGCUGAUGGGAAUAAAACACAUCUGUUUUUUUUUUUAAAUAAUAUUUAUUAAUUUUACAACAGUUUAAACACAACACUACAAAAAAAAAGAAAAAGAAAAAAAAAGAAAAGAAAACAAUACAACACAGUACAGAAACACUACAAAACACUAACACAUAAGAUUAACAAAACAAAACAAAAACCAUUUAAGACACAAAACAAUUUCAAUAUCUUAACUUUCAUUCACUUAUUUCCACGACCUCCUCACACCUCCCUUUUUGUAUUCCACUUCUGUUAAUUGUUUCAGCAAUUCCUUUCCAUCUUCCUCUGUUUUCUUUCCUAUAAUUAUCCUAACACAUUCUAACCUUAUUUUUCCCUUUAAUACUCUAUUAAUCUAUUUAUACUUAAUUCCUUAUAACCUUUCUACUAAAGCCAUAUACAGUAACUUUAUUCCAACGUUUUUCUAACAUUCAUUAGUUUCACAGUAUUUCUGUAAAUAGUCUUUAAACUUUUUCCAGUCUUCUUCCACCGACUCUUCUCCCUGGUCUCGGAUUCUGCCAGUCAUUUCCGCCAGUUCCAUAUAGUCCAUCAACUUCAUCUGCCAUUCUUCCCGGGUGGGUAAAUCUUGUGUCUUCCAUCACAAGAUAAAACACAUCUGAAGGAACCAUGUUGACUACCGUUGGUCAUAGGCCCUUACAAACUUCCAUUCUCUUGGGGGAAGUGGAGCUGUGGGGGACAAUUUUGCCCAGUGUAAAAAACUGGAAUAUGAAAGCUAGGAGCUAAAUGGCACCUUAAAGCUAGGUUAUAGGCACAACAACGGAAUGUCUAGGUACACUUUUUUUAUAUAACAAGAAUACAAAGCUGAAAAUGAAUGAACUGCAGCUAAAAUAUUGCGUUCAUUUUUCACACGGUAUAGUCCUUCCCCUGCCCACUCCCCUAAUAUUCUUAAGGAGGUCUCUUCUCCAGUUUUCAGAAAGUAGCUGGAAGUGGGGAGGCAGGAAAAGCUCCCCCUUUCCUUCCACUCUGCAGUUUUAAUCUGAAAUCUUGGGCGCAGCACUGCGCCUAGAGCUCAGAAACUGCUCACACUAAUGAGAUUCCUUGUCACAAAAUGCGCUGGACAAUGGGAGUUUCGAAUGCUGCUUUUGUCUCCGCCUCAGCUGACGCCAUCUACUACCCAAUGCACCAUCUCUCUUCCAGACACAGUCGCUGAGAGAGGUUACUUUGACAUCAGCCUAGGCAACUUCCUCCCAGACUUGGAGCUGGUCACCAUUGCAGUUGGCGGCAAGCCCUUAAUGCCUGCAGAGCUCAAAGGGCGUGGUUUCGGCCUGGGCGAAGCCCCCAACCCCAACAACACGAGGGUCUUCAUCCUGCAGGUCCCUUUCACUGACCCCCUGGUGGAGCAGGAGGUAGGGGCCUAAUUUGCCGUCAGCUUUGAAGGAUUGUUUCUGUUGCACAGGCAGCCGGGGUGUGUGUGCAGAGUAUAGUUUUCAGAGGCCACAAUAAGAGACUAGUCCUCAUUGCUGCAAAGUAGAGCUUGAGCAGGGAAAUUACAGUCUUAUGAAACAGAAAGACUAGAAUGUGUGUGUUUGCUGGGCUUUUGAGGCGAGGUGUAGCAGUUCUUCCAUUCAGGGAAGGUAGUCAAGGAUCUGUUUGCAUUUACUCUGGGCUCUUAUCCUUUAGCAUUCUCCUUCUGAGCAAUCUUGAUGAAGGUAAACUUUGCCUUGGUACAGCAGCUUAGUUUCUACUACCCCCCACCUGUCAUCUAUCCAGGAAAGCAGAAUUUAAUGUGGGAUAUUCCAGCCAGACAAAAGUGCUUGGGGUAUAAGGCCUGUGAAGGAUGUGGCAUGAGGAUUGCUGAGGGCCACGUUCGGCCUUGGGGACCUGGGAUUCCCACCCCUUUUCUAGAAUAUCUUACAUUUCUUACUUCUCCAUCACACAAGCAAACAAGAGACCUUCCCAAUUGUAAUUUGGCUAUCCAUAACCAUGGUUUAAAAAGAAGUUAAACCAACUAUAUUAUUUACAAGUUGGCUUAUGGCCCAAAAACUGGUUUAAACAAACAUGUAUUUGCCCGGUAGCAGAAGACAUGGGGAAAGGCCUUAAGUCAGCAGCAGAGUAACUGUUUUUCAUGCAGAAGGUCCCUGGUUCAAAUCCUGGCAUCUCCAGGUAGGGCCCUCCCUGAAACCCUUGAGAGCUACUGUGUAGACAGUAUUGAGCUGGAUGGCACCAUGGUGUGACUCAGUAUAAGGCGACUUCCUAUGACUGAGCUGGCAAAGCCUCUCCAUUGCAAGGAGUUUCGGAGCCUGAGAAUAGCCACUUAGAGGGUCCUCUCUUGGUAAAGGUAAAGGGACCCCUGACCAUUAGGUCCAGUCGUGGCCGACUCUGGGGUUGUGGCGCUCAUCUCGCUUUAUUGGCCGAGGGAGCCGGCGUACAGCUUCCGGGUCAUGUGGCCAGCAUGACUAAGCCGCUUCUGGCGAACCAGAGCACGGAAACACCAUUUACCUUCCCGCCGGAGCGGUACCUAUUUAUCUACUUGCACUUUGAUGUGCUUUCGAACUGCUAGGUUGGCAGGAGUAGGGACCAAGCAACAGGAGCUCACCCCGUUGCGGGGAUUCGAACCGCCAACCUUCUGAUCGGCAAGUCCUAGGCUCUGUGGUUUAACCCACAGCGCUACCCGCAUCCCGUCCUCUCUUGAGUUCCUGCCAAAUGAGCCCCAGAUGUUGGUGGGAGAGGCAAUAUUAUUAUUUAUUUAAAAGAUGGCCUUCUCCCAAGCAGCUUAAACCCAGGCAGGCUCCUAUGGGAGAACACGGUCUUCCGAAUAACCUGUUCUCAAAUUGUGUUUGUAGAGCUCACAACCCAUAAUCUGAAUCGUGCCUGGGAACUAGCCAGUAGUCGGUGAGGCUACUGUAGCAAGCAAGUCAUACAGUCGUACCUCGGCUCCCGAACGCCUUGGGAGUCGGACAUUCUGCCUCCCAAACCAUCGAAAACCGGAAGUGAUUGUUCCGGUUUUUAAACGUUCUUUUGGAAGCCGAACGUCCGACAGGGCUUCCAAUUGGCUGCAAGAACUUCCUGCAGCCAAUCGGAGGCUGCGCUUUGGAAGUCGAACGGACUUCCGGAACGGAUUCUGUUCGACUUCCGAGGUACGACUGUGCUCCCUAUAAAACCAGUCCCGGUUAAUAUUUUGGCUGCAUUGUUCUGCGCCACCUGAACGCCCUUCAAAGGUGGCCCCAUGUAGAGUGCAUCACAGUUAAAAAAAAAUAGUGUCACGCUGAUAACAAGCUGGAUGGAGAGAAUGAUGGGAGAUUUGAAUUCGUAACCUUUGGGGUGGAGGGGCUUCCAGCUUUCAUUGUGCCGUGAACGGGCCCUUCUCUUCUCCAGUACCUGUAUGACAACAUCAGAAGAUACACCCUGCGGCUAGAAUACACCUUCAACCUGAACCCAAAGGGCAAGCCUUUCACCUACCCUGGGGUAAUUGAAUGUGACGUCCCUGAUGUUGGUGAGUCUGCUUGAGCAGAGGGAGGGGCUUUGAAGUAUCUGUCUUUCAAAGCAGUUUAAAAUAUAUACAUGGGAAGGAAUGCAGUGUUGCUCAGUCAAUCCAGUACGAUUGCCUAUCAAGUGUAAAUUACAUCUGUACAGAUAUUCUUAGAAAUAAGCAAUAGUUUGGAAAUAUUUGAGCUGUGUACACACCAUAUGUCUGAAGCACAUUUCAAGCAUGUGGUUUCCUCCCAAAAAGUCUUUGGAACUGUAGCUCACCCUCUCCGAGAGCUACAUUUCCCAGCACCCUUAAUGAACUACAGUUCCCAGGAUUCUAUCAGGGAGCCUUUAAAUGUAUAGUGACAGCCUUGUUCCGUCAUAUGAAACCUUUUUGCUUUUAAGUUUGUGCUUAUCAUCUGUAUGUUUUAAGCCCUUGAAUUAAGAAUAGGGGCCUCUGGCGUCCUCACCUUGCAGAACUGCUCUUAAGUUAUUUUAUGCAGGUGUGCCCAAAAAAUGCACAACGUAAUUGCAAGCAUUAUAAUAGAUUAGGGAUACCCAACAUGGUGCUCUCUAGAUUUUGGACACUCUUUGGCAAGCAUGAACAAUGGUCAGGAGCCACAGGAGCUGGCGUUGACAGCGUCCUGAGGGUGUCCACGUUGCCUAUCACUGAAAGAGACCACAAAGAUUCCUAAUGAAAUGUAUUCAAUUAAGUCUGGAAUCUCUGUGGAGAAGAUGGCCUCUCUUGCCAGUAGAUCUCAGUCGUUGCAAAACUGUGUGUUUUGAGAGAGGCUGUGCCUUGUAACAUCUUCUGUAUACGUAGCAAGAUAUAUUUGGUGAUGCCCUCUUCCUCACCUACCAUUCUUCAGUUCUUCCAACCUUCGAAGGCUUCUGUGAGACGGGGAGGAUUGGACUGGUAAUGACCCACGGAAACUUGGAUCGCUACUGGGUCCCGUACGUGGGGAAUUUGCAGCUGACAAAUGAAUUGGCCGCAUCGCAGAACUACACUGUGCAGGAUGAUGGCAGCUACUACUACCUCUCAGUGCCCUUUUUGGCACCUGGCUUGGUGUAUGAGGUAGGCCUGAGUUGGGGAAGGGUCCUGCCACCACUUUUGGCCUUGAGUUGACGCGGGAGCCGACCCGAUCAGAUAUGUGUGACGUGAGUUUGUGUGUGUUGCCGCAGGAUAUCUCCCUCCAAGGACUAACUGCCCGGCUCGACUUCACCCUGAGGGACAACAAGACGUCAGCGGUACUGGUAGCGUUCCGCGUUGGCUGUAUUUUCCCCACCGGAAAACUGCUUGGUAAGGAAUUUGGCAUGGCGGUUCCGUUUUGUGUGGAGUAAGACUUGUUUGGCAACCUAUUUCAACCCAAGGCGCACAUUCCCUGAUGGAAGCGGGGUGGGCUUGUAGCAGGCAGGGCCAGGGGCAAAAGUGGAGAGAUUUCUUGUAGAAAGUGAUGAACAAUAAUUUUGGAGAUGGACCUUAGCUUGCCCUGUAUGCAGCAGGGGCAGGGAGCCGGGUUCUGCCCCUCAUAAUGUAAAGGGACCCCUGACCAUUAGGUCCAGUCGUGACCAACUGGGGUUGCGGCACUCAUCUCGCUUUAUUGGCCACGGGAGUCGGCAUACAGCUUCCGGGUCAUGUGGCCAGCAUGACUAAGCCGCUUCUGUUUUUUUGGUUUUUUAAAAGAUAUUUAUUGAGCAUUUUAAAGUUACAAAGAAAAAAGAAAGAAAAAAUACGAAAGAGAGAAAAAGAAAGAAAGGAAUAGAUAAAAAAACAAUUAAACAAUACAAAUCAAUACAAACCAAAAUCAAAAAGAAAAAACAAAACACACAAUGCAACACAAUCAAGAAACAAAAAUAUACAACAAAUUUAAAAACAAAUCCAAUAUUCCCAAAUCCUUAACUUUCAUUAACUUAUUUCAUCGGCCUCCUCACACCUCCCUUUUUUGUAUUCUAGUUGUUAAUUAUCUCAGCAAAUCCUUUCCAUCUUUCACAAUAUUCUGUCAUUAAAUUACCUUGAUCUAUUUUAACCUUAUCUUACCAUAAAAAACCUUAAAACUUAAAUCUUAUUUAUACCAAAUUCUUUUAACCAUAACAUAAGAAUAUGUUAUUUUUAACAUUUCUGCUAAAGCCAAUUAAUUUCAUUCCAACAUUUUUCUGCUACUCAUUAAUUUUGCGAUACUUUUCUAAAUAAAUUUUUAAAACUUUCUUCCAAUCUUCAUCCAUCGUCUCUUCUCCUGGUCUCGGGUUUUGUCAGUCCUUUCUAUCCCAUCCAUCUAGUCCAUCAACCUGGUGACCUUAUAUCCGAGGCUCUUAAGUCUUUUCCAUGUCCCUUCCGCAGGUCUUCUUCAUGUUUAUACCUGUACUUUACUUUGUCUUCUGCUCCUUUCACUCUGGGAGACUCCAACUUGACAAUAUUUUUGUCCCUUCUCGACAAGUCAGCCCCUUUUCCAUAGUCAACACUGAAAUCCAUGUGGUAUUUAAAAGCAUGUUUCAAGGCCCCUCCAAAAUUAGGGGCCCCCACAACUCCGAGCUCCCCCCGGCCUAAAGCCAGACUUGAAAAAUCAAAACAUCUCUGCAUAGGGGGGUCCAUCCAGCCCCCCAUCUCCAAACCAAGCAGAUCUCCGUCUCUCCAAAUCUGACUUUUUCCAGGUUCAUUCAUCAAAUCCAACGACUCAUGUUCCUGCUGGGCCACAGCUCCUUCCAUCUCUGCCACCCGAGGUCCAGCAACAGCCUCCUCCCUCAUCUCAUCUGUCAAAGCACAUUCCUGGGUUAAUUCCUGAGUGGGUUCUAUAUAGGUACCCACUGCCUGUCCAAAAUUUCCUAUCGCAACUGUCAUUAAAUCCAUUUUGUCAUGUAACUGUUCCAAUAAAGCACUUGUCUUCCAAAAGGCAAGCACCAGAGCCUCUGAGCACAUUCUUGUUCAAGGUUGAAGUCUGGUCCCACGAUCUUAAUCUUUUACAGCUGCAAAAACUCCCCAGUUCGACUUUAAUAACAGUUUCACAAGCUCCCUCUAGGGGAGACAAUUUCUAUUUGUAUCCAUCUUUUUUCCCUUUUUUUUUUAAAGGCAGAUUUAGCAACAAAGUUUUCCUUUUUCGGAUAUUUUGUCAAUAUUUUGUUCCUUUUAAAAGCGAAAGGGAACAAUGGAAUCAAUAUGCUUCUGUUCUUUUAACUAUCUGUCAAAGACGUUUGUCCAUAGUCAAUGGGCUUCUCCAAAACGUCUGUCUUGACACCCCGCUCCCAGGUUCAAGACGGUGGAAAAUUACCUUUCUUUACUCUCUCUUCUGCAGGUUUAAACAGUCCAAAAAAGAUUCCCCCCUCUUCUCCUGCUUCCAAGGGGGGUUCAGUAGUUUUAAAUGAUGAAAAUUUAGUCCUUUACAAACGACUUUCUGAAUUCUAGCUUGCCGUGUCUUUGCUUCAAUCUAUCUACAAAAAGCGGAAGGCGGACUUCCUGUUUAGACCUUCCCGCUUUCGGUGCCUAAUUAAGAAAUUUCACAGUCCAAUUUUCCGUUCUACUCAUGGGCAGUUGUUUGAAAUCCAAUUGUCCACAGGAAAAAGUCAGCGCUCUCCGGCAACAGCAAUGCGGCUUCACUCUGUGAAAGAAGCAGUCGAUUCAAAGCACCGCGCCACUCACCCCACGUCGCUCCGGAUCCCCAAAACAGGGUUUCCCCGCGAGUGGAGGGGGCGCAAAGGUGCCAGCCGAAUCCCACGUCCACAGGCUUCUCCCUGUGGCGGUUCAGACCCUGUUUUCCACGGAGCGGGUUCCUCCCGAUCGGAGGAAAUCCUCCAUUGCCAGAGGCGCCAACCCGGAAGUCCAUGACUAAGGCGCUUCUGGCGAACCAGAGCAGCGCACGGAAAAGCCGUUUACCUUCCUGCUGGAGCGGUACCUAUUUAUCUACUUGCACUUUGACAUGCUUUCGAACUGUUAGGUUGGCAGGAGCAGGGACCGAGCAAUGGGAGCUCACCCCAUAGUAGGGAUUCGAACUGCCGACCUUCUGAUCAGCAAGCCCUAGGCUCUGUGGUUUAACCCACAGCAGAGCGCCACCCGCAUCCCCCUGCCCCUCAUGAUGUUCCCCACAAAAGCUCAACAACUUUGGCUGACCCCUCUCUAACAAAAAUUCUGGCUACACCCAUGCUUGGUAAAAUAGUGCCCUGUGUGAGGCCAGUCCUCAUGCCACCUUCCCAAAGCCAGGUAGAGGAGGUGUCUGGCUUUGGGAAGGAGGCAUAAGGCUCUGGCAGGGUCCUAGACCCCUUCUUCCUCCAUCCCAAAGCUGGGCAAGUGUUAACUAGGCUUUGGGAAGGAGACAGGAGGACUCUAGGACCCUGUCUGAGGCGUGAGGGUCAGUGUUGACAAUGCUAAGUCAGAUGGACCCAAUGGUCUGAUUCAAUAAAAGACAGCUUGCUGCAUUUUCUCUUUCUUCCUGCAGUGUGUCUCCCCAAUGGAACCAUAAUGGCCACGGUCCUCGGCCUGGACACGAAGCCGGAUUUGGACCCCAGGAAAACCCACCUACGGGACAAGAAUUGUGGGCCAGUGGCUGCUGAUGAGUCCAAGGCCCUCUUCUCUUUCCCAGUGGCUUCUUGUGGCACCACAAGGAGGGUAGGUAGCUCCUAGGGCAGGGAGCACCCGUACCACCAGCUCCUGACAGAACUCUACAGCUUUGGACAAAUGCUGAAGACACACUUCUUUACCUGGGCCAGAUACACUUGAGACACAUGUUUUCAAUUCCUGUCACUGUAAUCCAUGUAAAUUGCUUUUAAUUGUAAAUUUGUAACCUGCCCUGGGACCCACUGGUGGAGGGCGAGUAACAAAUUUAGUAGCAAAAUAGUAUUUAGUAAUAAUACUAUUUAGUAGUAAUAGUAUUAACAGUAUUAUUAACCACCGCCACCAAUGUUGAGGCAGCUCCUCUAGCACCUUCCUUGGGGCUGCUAAAGACCUGCUAAAGACCAAUAAUGGUGGCAGAAGCAAAGGAGCGGCAGGCCAAGGAAAACACAUACCAUUGGCUCCCAUUUGGCCUGGGAGGACUCUCGUCAUUCUUCGUUUUAUUGAGUGGUUUUAGUGUAAAUCGCCUUGGCUGGCAGAAAGGUGGCUUAUGAGUUCAACAACAACAAUAAUAAAAUUGCCUACAGUCAGGAGACCAGGGUGUAAAGGGGUGCGUCUUCAGAUGGAAACAACAUAAUGACGGGGCCAGACACACCUCUGUAAGAGAGACAAAUCUGCAACUCAGGGUUCCCCAACUAUGGAGCCCCCCCUUGCACUGAAUUUCUUCUCUGCCCUUCAGUUUGACGGUAACUACUUGGUAUACGAGAACGAAGUGACCUUCAGGAGAGAGUUGAUUCCGGAAGCAAGUCCAGUUAUAACCAGGGACUCCCAGUACAGGUGAGGCGGCUCCGUGAUUAAAAUGUUCCAGAAGAGAUGCUGUCCUUUUCUUCUUCUUCUGGUGGUGGUGGAAUGGACCACAUGGCUUGUGUAAGAGUACAGGUCCGGCUUUUCUCUCCAGGCUGACCCUGCGCUGCCGUUACCCCCUCAACGAGGUGCUCCGGGUAUGGGCCCGCCAGCUGCAGGGGGGACAGGUGACAUCUCAACCCUACGCUCUUGAAGCCAAAGGUAAGCCGGUCACUCACACUGUUGGCAUGUCCUUCCUGGAUCAGGCAGGCAUUCUGCCUAUCCGGGAGAAGUGUUUCUCCCUUGUAAUGCAAGAACCUCGGUGGCAUCCCAGCGAAUGCAAAUUCGUGGAGGGAUGUGGCUGUACGCUUGCCACAAUGGCUGUGUUUGGCCUCCACUGUCAGAGUGACUCAAAAACUCUGAAAACCUGUUGCUGGGAAUUGCAGUUGGGAAGAAUGUUCCUGUGCUUUGGGGGCUUCCUGUGGGCAUCUGGGGUGGCCUGUGAGAACAGGAUGCUUUGUAUAUGGUAUGAUGAACUCACAGUACAGUGGUACCUCGGGUUACAUACGCUUCAGGUUACAGACUCCGCUAACCCAGAAAUAGUGCUUCAGGUUAAGAACUUUGCUUCAGGAUGAGAACAGAAAUUGUGCUCCGGCGGCAGCAGGAGGCCCCAUUAGCUAAAGUGGUUCUUCAGGUUAAGAACAGUUUCAGGUUAAGUAUGGACCUCCCAAACGAAUUAAGUACUUAACCCGAGGUACCACUGUAUUAUAAUACUGUGGUUAUGAUAUAAUAGACAGAAGGGUGCGGCAGAAGAGGAGAAGCAACAACUCUGUGGAAAACAGAGUGGGAAGUCGAGAAAAAGAAAAGUCGAAAUUGUUUUGAUUGUACAUGUUAAAAAUGUUGAAACUUAAUAAAAUGUAAUUGAAAAAGAGAACAAGAUAUUUGACCUGAUGAUGCCUUUGGUCAACUCCUAAGGGCUGAGGUACCUUCGUGCACCCCCAAAUAAUAUUUGAGAGGGCCGGGCCUCCCUAAAAUGGAUGGAGAUUGCCAUUCAAAUGGUGAUUGUGUGCUGUAUCUUGUGGUUAUGUGGGGUGGGGCUUACCUGCCCCCCAUAUUUUAUUCGACUUGGCACCCCUGGACUUGAAAAGGGCUGUUUUCACUUCCCAGAGAUACAGGAAAACCUUUCUACCUCCCCACUUCUUGAAAACAUGGCUUCUGCUCAAAUAAUGGUCCCAUUUCUAAGGACCCCAAAGUGUUAUGCUAGAACAGGGGUCAGCAAACUUUUUCAGCAGGUGGCCGGUCCACUGUCCCUCAGACCUUGUGGGGGGCCGGACUAUAUUUGGGGGGUGGGAUGAACGAAUUCCUAUGCCCCACAAAUAACCCAGAGAUGCAUUUUAAGCAAAAGAACACAUUCUACUCAUGUAAAACCAUGCUCAUUCCUGGACCGUCUGCGGGCCGGAUUUAGAAGGUGAUUGGGCUGGAUCCAGCCCCUGGGCCUUAGUUUGCCUACCUAUGUGCUAGAAUGUAAUGUGGACUUAACACACAUCAUCUGUGGUGGUGGGUGUAGGAACAACUCCAUUAUGUUCCUCUUGUGUAAUGUUUGAUUGCUUCCUAACAACUGGGGUGUGCCUGUCUUUCAGCAUAUCAGCGGAAGAGGUCUGCAGAUCACCAUGCUGUAUCCCAGAUAGCAGGCCGCUCUUCAUCAGGUAAAGCCUCGACCAUCAUCUCAACCUGUGGAAUGCCACUUUGACAGGAAUAAGUACCUGGUCUUCACUGGCCCAGAUAUCACAGCAGGGACUGUGUGUUGCGGGAGAGGGAGGUUGGUAACUUUGGGUAGAUACCAAGGAUCCAGACCGUGUGGAGAGAAGAAGGCGGGAUGGGGAGGGGGGGUUGGUAUCUUCAGGCAGAUACCAAGCUUCCCACCUGGCAGCUAGAGCUCUGUGCUGCGGGCGACACGCAUUUGUCCCAUGGGCUGCUGAAAUUUUGAACCAGCCUUGUCUGCGGGUGCUUGACUUAAAAUCAGGGCAUGCUGAAAAUCUGCUUCUUUAAAAACAGAAUAAAAACACACUCCGAAAACCCCACCACUGUUGUCACCCCCAAAAGUAAAGUAAAUGCAAAUAAUACAACUUGGAACUGGUGACGUAUAAACUUUGGAGAGCUCGUGUUUCAUGAUAGUUCAUUGAGGAGGGAACAGAACUCAGUGGUGUGGAGAAACACACUUUGCAUGCGCAAUGGUCCCAAGCAGGUUCAGUCUCUGGUCUCUGUCUCCAUUUAAAGCUUUGAAGAGCAGGUGAUGAUUGCAAAGAUCCUCUGCCCUAAGAUGAGCUGCUGCUAGCAGGACCUGACAACACUAGGCUAGAUGAACAAAUAGUCUGUCUUCAAGUAUAAUAAGACCACUUGCUAUGUUCUUAGGGCAAAGCCUCUGCGGCCCUGAGUCGGCUCAGUAGACACUAACUCCUUGUUCCUUUGUUGCAGGAGCAGCUGCAAAAGCCAUCUCCAUAGCUUUGUUUGGGGUAGCUGCUGCAAUCGGCAUGAUCCUCCCUGUUGGAUUAAUUGGUUGUUAA